AUGGUUCUCCCCGAGCCUCUAGGCCCGUUCCACGUGUCGUACGGGGACUUCGAGUUGCGCCGAAGCAAAGCGCCCGCCGAGCUGAGCGCAGGGAAUGGCGGUCACGGGCAUCACGUGCACCCGCCGCUGUUCCGCGUGUACUACCCUACUGAUGGCAACGCUGAAGAGAGGCGAGAGGUGGAGCGCAGUGCAUGGCUGCCGCACGUGGCGUACCUGUACGGCUACAUCUGCGCCAUGAUCCCGCCCUUCUCCUUCUUCGCCUCCAUCCUCACCUGGCUGCUCUCCCGUGAGCCCCUCCUCCUCUUCUUACUCUCGCCGCCAUGCCUUCUGCUCUCCCGUCCCGUCUUCCCUUCGUCCCUUCUCCCCUGCUUCCAUUCUUUCCGCUCUCCCUCCUUCCAUGCUUCCAUUCUUUCCACUCUCCCUCCUUCCAUGCUUCCAAUCUUCCCUUCUUAUCUUCGGCCCUUCCUCCUUUCAGAGUCAUUCAUCAAAACGAUUUCUUUGCCUUUACUCAAACUUCCAAUCCCCGCCCAUUCUCCCCACCACCCCCCACCACCAGGCAUCACGUACCUACUAAUCAAGCCAUACGCCGCCAUCCGCUGUCUCCCCGCGCGCCCUUUCAUCUCCCGCGCCUCCCUGCUGCGCCACCUCAACCACCCCCACGCCGACCCCACCACCAGUGGGGGGGAGAACCCCGAGGGUCGGCUGCCGGUGGUGCUGUUCAGCCACGGGCUGUGGUCCAUGCGCUCCACGUACACGCAGUUCUGCUUCGACCUCGCCUCCCAUGGCUACGGUGAUGAUGGUGGCGCCAGAGUGCACGGACGGCACAGCAUGAAUGGCGGCACAAUUCUCCUCGACUCACCUUUCCUUGUCUCCCUCUGUACAACCUCUCCCUCCCCUUCACCCCAACGCACAGUGGUGGUGGCGCCAGAAUACACGGACGGCUCAGCAUGCAUGGCGGCAGAGACAGACGGGGAAGAGGAGGAGGAGGGGGGGGCGGGGAGGAGGAAAGGGAGGGAGGCCCUGCGCUCCAUCCUAGCGCUCCUCCACCAGUUCAACAAAGGGCACGUAUCAGACUCCCGCAACGCCAUCACCAGCGCUGCUCGCCUGCUCCCCUCGUCGCUCGCGGGUCGUCUCGACCUCUCCCACAUUGCCCUCGCAGGCCACUCCUUUGGGGGCGCCACCGCGGCGUUUCUUGCUGGGGUGGCCGAGCAGCCAAUCAACGGCUUCCACCUGUCGCUGUCGCCAGCUGUGCAUGGUGGAAGAAGCGAUGGGGAUGGGGACAUGGAUGGGAACGAGAACAAGGGCCCCUUGGUGUCACGGGUGUCAUCUGUGGUGGUGCUUGACACGUGGUGGCGCCCGUUGCCUGAUCCUCCCACCUUCCUUGACCACCUGCCCGCCCCAACCUUCUGCCUUUUGCAAACUCUACCUCCAGCUGCUUCAUCUGCCUUGCUUCUCAGCAUCCAUUCGCAUCUCAUGACCCUUCCUAGUGCUGCUGUGCAUAGACACAGAGGGGCUGAACGCAAUCAUGGCGCCGCUUCUCGUCCUCCACCCCCACCCAUCCUUCCACUGUUCUCAACUCCUUGCACCGCACUGCACCGCUCUCCACACUCGGUUCUGCAGGAGGCCAUUGCGCUGGCAGGGGGCAAGGCAGCACUGCUGUGCAUCGACACAGAAGGGCUGAACGCGGCUCGCAACGUGGUGGCGCGGAAGCGGUUCCUCCAAGGGCGCCUGCUGUCCUGGCGCGACCGGUGGCUGCAGAUCGUGAAAGAGCAGGCUAAGCAGGAUGGAGAGGCGGAGGAGAAGGGUGUGGGGGGGAAGGGGGUGGGGACGGAGGGAGAGGAGGCGAGGAAGGGGAGUGGAAGGAUGGACGGGGAGACGGGGAGUGUGACUGAAUUGAUUGUGCUUGUGGGGUCAGCCCACCAGGACCCCUCCGACCUUGCUCUGGUGGCACCUGCCAUCAUGAAGAGCGCCAAGAUGGCGGGGGCCAUCCCACCGCCCAUCUUCCACCGCAUCAACAGCGGCGCUGCUCUGCGCUUUCUGCACCAAAACUUCCCUCUUGCAAAGAAAUGUGUGUCCUUAGCUCUUUUCAAUCAGACCCGCCAUUUACCCUUUUCACUCUCUCCCCCUCCCUUCCACCUCUUUUUUCCCGUCCCUUCCUCUCUUCCCCCCUCCCUUCCUCUCUCCCCCCCUCCCGUCCUCUCUUCCCCCCUCCCCUCCUCUCUUCCCCCCUCCCCCAUCUCCCUCUCCCUAUCUCUCAUUGCACGCCCUUCUCUCCUUCCUCUUGUCUAUUUUCCCCAAAAGAACUCACCACUACCCUGUCACAGCAACACGGCAUAUUGGCCGCAUUGCCCGCUUGCCAGCAUGUAUGUGUGGCACUGGCAGCGUGGGGUGCUGGCUGGUGCCCCACACAUGUGCGUGAGUGAGUCGGUGCUCAGCAGCGGAGAAGAAGAUAACGAGGAGGAAGUAGACAGCAAGGAUGGAUGGACCCGUACAGCAGUGCGCCUGCCGCCGUGCGUUUGA